GUCGUUGGAUGUGUGACGGAACCAAAGGCAUGAGAUGCAGGUCCCGGUCUUACAACUAUUCUGUGGUAGUUUAAGUCCUGAACCUUGGCAUGAUGGCAUUAUCGGUGUUUGCUGGUUCGAAAUUCAUAUUUUCAUCCCGCUCAUAGUUCUUUUUAUCUUCUUAUCACUUAUAUACUGCGCUAUCAUUUGGAAACAUCUCGCUUUUGAUAAUCUCUACUGUUCAGUACUUUAUUUCCGGGUUGCAGUGGAUAUAACUAUCAUUACUAAUAGUUGCGUGACUAUCGUUCUUUCAUUUCUGCUUCCGUAUUACAAGGAAGGUUUUGCAAUCAACUCACGCUUUGUUGUAAUACACAAUUUGCUGACGGCGACUCUCUGGGUUACAACACUUGUUUUUGAUUUUCUCCAUGGAAAAGCCCUUAAAUAUUCGUCUAGAGGUCCUUUAUUGUAUUUGUUGUUCUCGAUUGUAUACUUAUUCUGCUGCGUCAUUAAUUGUUGGUCCUUUAUGGCAGAAAUCGAUGAGUUAUGGAGACCUUUCAUCAUCACCAACUGCUAUAUUCACCUAUUUUUGUUAUGCUUGCAUGCCUUUUCCAAAGUGCCGAUUUUUUAUCCUACAGAAGAACCUAGACGUAGAACAGCUAGGAUCUACAGAGAAAGUCUUAGGGUUCAGCAACCAGCUGUAUUAAAUGGAGUAGAAAAUAUUACACGAAAUGUGAAGUGCGAAGAUCAGGCUUCAUAUCCAUCAAGACUAUUUUUCUGUUGGGUGGGUGACUUGGUACGCAGUGGUUAUUAUGGUGAAUUAUAUUCGCUUAGGAACUUGCCUGCACUGCCAAAAUGCCUCAAUACGUACCUUUUAGAAUCAAAGCUUCCCAAACUCGAGUUUCAAUCUGAAAAUGACAGCAGAAAACUCCAGCAGCUUUUGGAACGUUUGGAUCUGGAAUAUUCUGUUAAAACAUCUGUGCCUCUGUUAAAGACAUUUUUUAAAAAGUUCGGUCGGGAAUUCUUGUUUCUUGGUUUGCUAAAACUCCUAUUGAGUUGUUUUAGUCUUUGUAGCCCUGUAGUACUAAAUCACUUUAUUGUGAACAUAACAAACUCCCAGACUUCUUGGUCCUGUAUACUUUCUGGCAUUGGGUUGAUUUUAUUGUCUUGUAAGAUAGCUCUUCUAAGCACAUCCUACAAUUACAGAAUGGCUAUUUUUAACUUCAAAGUUAGAGUGAGUGUAAGUGGAAUGGUGUAUAGAACUAUUUUAUCCCUAAAAUCCUCAUCUCUGAGCGCUAUUGGAACUGGGAGUUUGGUUAAUUAUUUGACAUCUGAUGCUGAUAGAAUAAUUAAUUUGGCACCUAGUGUACAUGAAGUUUGGGCCAUGCCUCUCCAAUUAUGUGUUGCAAUCGCACUACUUUAUCGUCAACUUGGACUUGCUUGUUUGGUGGGUAUCGGCUUCUUAAUCGUGUUAACUCCUCUAAAUCGCGUUUUGGCAACCCAAAUUGGAAAGUUUAGUCGCCGUUUGAUGUUGUUCAAAGACACAAGGAUUAAGUUAAUGUCUGAAUUACUACCAAAUAUGCUAUCAGUUAAACUAGCCUGUUGGGAAAAUUUAAUGAAAAGUCGAGUUAUGCAUUCUCGAGUUGAAGAGAUGAAAGCGCUACGUGGUCAAAAGCUGUUAGAUGCUUGUUGUGUAUUCUUUUGGGCAGUAUGCCCUGCACUAUUAGCAAGUUCAACGUUUGCAACUUAUGCAGCUAUGGGUAAUGAAUUGAAUGCUUCUACGCAUACUAAAUAA